AUGCCCUCCCCGUCAAGCCCAGAUGAGUUGGUUUUCUUUGUCAAUGGGAGGAAGGUGAAAGAGAGGAAUGCUGACCCUGAAGUGACGCUGCUGACCUUCCUACGAAAGAACUGGAUCCUUUGUCUCACAGGCACCAAGUAUGCCUGUGGAACAGGAGGCUGCGGUGCCUGCACUGUGAUGGUGUCGGAGCACGACCCCAUAACCAAGAAGAUAAGGCACAUCUCUGUCACUGCCUGCCUGGUGCCCAUCUGUUCUCUACAUGGAGCUGCUGUCACCACCGUGGAAGGUGUGGGAAGCAUCAAGACACGAAUUCACCCCGUCCAGGAGAGGAUUGCCAAGAGCCACGGGACCCAAUGUGGCUUCUGCACACCUGGGAUGGUGAUGUCCCUUUAUACACUGCUCAGGAACCACCCGGAGCCCUCAGAGGAGCAACUCGUGGAAGCCCUGGGGGGUAAUCUGUGCCGCUGCACCGGGUACCGGCCAAUUCUCGAGAGUGGGAAGACCUUCUGCACGGGGUCAAAUGGUUGUCAGCAGGAAAAGCCAGGAAAAUGCUGCCUGGAUAAGGGAGAAAACGAUUCCUCUGCCCUGGACACCAAGAACCACAUGUGCACCAAGUUAUUUUCGAAGGAGGAGUUCCUGCCUUUGGAUCAGACCCAGGAGCUCAUCUUCCCCCCAGAACUCUUGAGGAUGGCGGAGAACCCAGAGAAACAAACGCUGACCUUCUGCGGAGAGCGAGUGACCUGGGUCUCCCCAGGGACCCUCCCGGCACUCCUGGAGCUGAAAGUGAGCCACCCCGAAGCCCCUGUCAUCCUGGGCAACACCUCACUGGGCCCUGCAAUGAAAUCUCAAGGACAUUUUUACCCCGUUCUCCUCUCUCCUGCUAGGAUCCCUGAGUUGAGGAUGGUGACAAAAACAAGUGAUGGUCUGACAAUCGGGGCUGGCUGUAGCCUGGCCCAGGUGAAGGACAUCUUGGCUGAGAGCAUAGCUGAACUCCCAGAGGAGCAAACACAGACCUACUGUGCCCUGCUGAAGCACUUGCGGAGUCUGGCGGGUCAGCAGAUCCGGAAUCUAGCGUCUCUAGGGGGACACAUCAUAAGCCGCCAUCAUUUUUCAGACCUGAAUCCUAUUCUUGCUGUGGGCAACGUGACUCUCAAUCUGAUAUCUGAAGAAGGGGCGCGGCAAAUUCCUCUCAACGAGUCUUUCCUUGCCCGGUUGGCCAGCGCGGACCUUAAGCCAGAGGAAAUUUUGGAAUCAGUGUACAUUCCUCACUCACGCAAGUGGGAAUUUGUGUCAGCCUUCCGGCAGGCUCAAUGCCCUCAGAAUGCCUUGCCUGAGGUGAGUGCUGGCAUGCGCGUCCUGUUCAGAGAAGGCACUGACACCAUUGAGGACCUGAGCAUGGCCUAUGGAGGCCUGGGGCCCACCACAGUCAGCGUACAGAAAUCCUGCCGCCAGCUCCUGGGGAGGCGCUGGGAUGAGCUGAUGCUGGAUGAGGCUUGCAGGCUGCUUCUGGAUGAGGUCUCCCUCGUGGGUUCGGCUCCGGGUGGCAAGGUGGAGUUCAAGAGGACUCUGUUGGUCAGCUUCUUCUUCAAAUUCUACCUGGAAGUUUUGCAGAAACUGAAGACUCUGGUGAAGCACCCUGGGCCAUCCUCCUCUGGCAGCCGUCAUCCCCCUGAAAUUCCAGACUGGUUCCUGAGUGCCCUAGAAGAUUUCCCAGUCACAAUGCCACAGGGAAUUCAAGAGUUUCAGAGUGUGGCUCCUCACCAACCUCUCCAAGAUCCCAUUGGACGCCCCAUCAUGCACCUGGCAGGUCUUAAACAUGCCACGGGCGAGGCCAUAUUCUGCGAUGACAUCCCUAUGGUGGACAAAGAACUUGUCAUGGCUUUGGUGACCAGUACCAGGGCUCACGCAAAAAUCAUAUCAAUUGAUUUUUCUGAGGCCCUUGAACUUCCAGAGGUGGUUGAUGUAAUAACAGCUGACGACAUUCCAGGCACCAAUGGUACUGAAGAUGACAAGUUGUUGGCCGUCAAUGAGGUUCAUUGUGUUGGCCAGAUCAUCUGCGCUGUGGUUGCAGAGACAGAUGUGCAGGCAAAGCGAGCAAUUGAAAAGAUAAGGAUCACUUAUGAGGAUCUGGAACCCGUGAUCUUCACCAUUGAGGAUGCCAUAAAACAUAAUUCAUUCCUAUGCCCUGAAAAAAAACUUGAGCAAGGAAACAUUGAGGAGGCAUUUGGAAAAGUGGACCAAGUAGUUGAAGGUGAGGUCCACGUUGGCGGACAGGAGCAUUUUUACAUGGAGACACAGAGAGUGCUUGUGAUUCCAAAGGCAGAAGACAGAGAGCUGGACAUCUACGUGUCUUCCCAGGAUCCAGCCCACGUACAGAAAACAGUGUCAUCUACUUUAAACAUCCCCAUCAACAGGAUCACCUGCCACGUGAAACGAGUGGGUGGCGGUUUUGGGGGGAAAGUGGGAAAGCCAGCUGUUUUUGGAGCCAUCGCAGCCAUAGGUGCUGUCAAAACCGGUCAUCCCAUUCGUCUUGUUCUUGAUCGUGAAGAUGAUAUGCUAAUAACUGGAGGAAGACACCCACUAUUUGGAAAAUAUAAAGUGGGAUUCAUGAACAACGGGCGCAUCAAAGCUCUUGACGUGGAGUGCUACAUUAACGGAGGAUGCAUGCUGGAUGACUCAGAGCUGGUAACAGAAUUUCUUAUACUAAAGCUGGAAAAUGCAUAUAAGAUCCGCAACCUCAGGUUCCGGGGCCAAGCAUGCAGGACCAACUUACCUUCCAAUACAGCAUUCCGUGGAUUUGGCUUCCCACAGGGGACCCUGGUGACUGAAUCUUGCAUCACAGCUGUGGCAGCCAAAUGUGGCCUUCCACCAGAAAAGAUUAGGGAGAAAAACAUGUACAAAACUGUUGAUAAAACCAUCUACAAACAAGCCUUCAGCCCGGAGGCCCUGAUAAGAUGCUGGGAAGCAUGCCUGGACAAGUCAUCCUUUCACAGCAGAAGAAUGCACGUGGAUGAGUUCAAUCGGAAGAAUUACUGGAAGAAGAAGGGCCUCGCGAUUAUCCCCAUGAAGUUCUCAGUUGGCUUUGCUGCUACCAGCUACCACCAGGCUGCUGCCCUUGUCCACAUCUAUACGGAUGGGUCUGUGUUGGUCACUCAUGGAGGCAAUGAACUGGGGCAAGGUAUUCACACCAAAAUGCUACAGGUGGCCAGCCGUGAAUUAAAAAUACCCAUGUCUUACCUGCACAUCUGUGAAACCAGCACAGCAACAGUGCCAAACACAAUUGCUACAGCAGCAUCCGUUGGGGCAGACGUCAACGGCAGAGCAGUGCAGAAUGCUUGCCAGAUCCUUCUGAAACGUCUUGAGCCCAUCAUUAGGAAAAAUCCAGAAGGUUCCUGGGAAGACUGGAUUGAAGCUGCAUUUGAGAAAAGAAUCAGUCUGUCAGCCACUGGAUACUUCAGGGGCUACAAGGCCUUCAUGGAUUGGGACAAGGGGGAAGGAGAUCCAUUCCCAUACUACGUCUACGGAGCCUCAUGCUCUGAGGUUGAAAUUGACUGUCUGACAGGCGCUCACAAAAAAAUCAGAACGGACAUCGUCAUGGAUGCAUGCUACAGUCUCAAUCCAGCAAUUGAUAUUGGGCAGAUCGAAGGUUCCUUUGUUCAGGGAAUGGGCUUUUACACCACGGAAGAGUUGUACUACUCCCCAGAAGGCGUCCUGCACUCCCGGGGCCCAGAUGAGUACAAAAUUCCAACCGUCACUGAUGUCCCAGCGGAGUUUAACGUCUCCUUGCUGCCAUCCUCACAAACCCCACUAACCAUCUAUUCAUCCAAGGGCCUUGGGGAGUCUGGGAUGUUCCUGGGGUCAUCUGUGUUCUUUGCCAUCGCUGAUGCAGUGGCCGCAGCACGCCGAGAAAGAGCCAUCACUGAAGACUUCAUGGUGAAGAGCCCAGCCACUCCAGAAUGGGUUCGAAUGGCCUGUGCAGACUGGUUCACAGAAAUGGUAUGA